AAAAUCUAAUCUGGGCCGUCCAUUUUCUCCGGCAGAAUCAUCCAAUACAAAAUUAAGCAAAAAAGAAAACGAAAAAUCAAACGUCUCUCUCUCACUCUCCUUUUAUUAAAUGCCUCGCGGACUACUCUAAAGAUUACGCCCAAGUCUCUCGUUUAUUUUCUUCUUCUCAGAGAAAAGGAGGAAUUUUAGGGUUCAGAUAACUCUUGGAGCAGAAUGUCUGGCGGAAUUGCGCGCGGGCGGCUGACGGAGGAGCGAAAGUCAUGGCGGAAGAAUCAUCCACAUGGUUUUGUGGCUAAGCCGGAGACUCUGCCUGAUGGUACAGUGAAUUUGAUGGUGUGGCACUGCACGAUCCCUGGUAAGGCCGGGACUGACUGGGAGGGUGGUUAUUAUCCACUCACGAUGCACUUUAGUGAAGAUUACCCGAGCAAGCCACCGAAGUGUAAAUUUCCACAAGGCUUUUUCCAUCCUAAUGUGUACCCAUCUGGAACUGUUUGCCUCUCAAUCCUCAAUGAAGAUAGUGGGUGGCGGCCAGCCAUCACAGUGAAGCAAAUUUUGGUUGGGAUCCAAGAUUUGUUGGAUCAGCCUAAUCCAUCUGAUCCAGCUCAAACUGAGGGGUACCAUAUGUUCAUCCAGGUAAUAGAAUUUUUUGUGAUUCUGAAAUUGUUAUCGUGUUCUUUCCAGAGAUUCAUUUUCCCCCUUGAUAUUUUUCCUGUAUUUUAUGUGCCUACAAAUUCAUUUGACAUGGAUUCAUAUUCUUAUUAGCCCUACAAAUUCUAGACAUUCAAUAGGUUAACUUGUGCCGAACUUUUGUAAAUCCUGCAGGAUGCGGUUGAAUACAAGAAAAGGGUUCGGCAACAGGCAAAGCAGUAUCCUCCUCUUGUCUGAAUAUAUCUUUGUGCCGAUUAUUCCUUAGUUUUGAUGCAAACGUUGUUGCUGGAAAUUGUAUUAAUCGAACAGAAGAUUAUCGCGUACCACAGUGAUUGGCAAGGCAAUGUUGCUUGUUGGUACGGUAUGUGUGGAUGUGCUUCUAGUUACUGAACCUGCAUAACGCAUUAGAAACCUUUUGAUUUGUAUUUAGAUUGAUGUCGAAUGCUGUAUUAUAAGAUCGCUUUUACUUUAUUCAA